GGGAGUGUAUGCAAGCAACCUUGAGCAAACAUUGAGCUGUGUGCUGGACCUGGUUGGGAUGCUUCAAAGCUCGCAAGAUGAAUAACUCUAAUCUUCAAGGUGGUCACAUCUUGUCUGCCCUCAAGAAACCUCCAGAGAAAAAAACUACUGUGAGCUCCCUUAAGAGCAAUGGCCCCUGGAUUUCCUGCUCUUCUUUAAAUUUUCUCAUUGGUGUCUCUUUUAUUGUGUUGGGCCAAGGCAAGUUACUCUUGGGACACCCUCAGUGCCUUGAUUAUGGCCCUCCUUUCCAGCCUCCGUUCCACCUGGAGUUCUGCUCUGCCUAUGAGACCUUUGGCUGUUGUGACCAGGACAAGGAUAAUACCAUUGCAGCCAGAUACUGGGAGAUCAUGGAUUAUAUUGAUCCCCAGGCCCACAAAUUGUGUGGAGGAUAUAUCAAAGAUAUCGUAUGCCAGGAAUGCUCACCCUAUGCGGCUCAUCUCUAUGAUGCAGAGAAUUCUCAGAUGCCACUGCGGAACCUCCCUGGCCUUUGCUCUGACUAUUGUUCGGAGUUCCACCUCUACUGCCGUUCUGCAAUCACGUUGCUUACUGACGACAAGCACAUCCAAGAAUGCUGUGAGAGGAACAAGACCCGCUUCUGCAAUCUGCUCAACAUCCAAGAUCAAGACUAUUGCUUCCCUGAUGUGCUGAAGAACACAGAUCUCAACCAUAAGCUGGGCUCUGUGGUGGAGGACAAGAAAGGCUGCCUUCAGCUGUGUCUAAUAGAGGUGGCCAAUGGGCUGAGGAACCCAGUGCUGAUGGUGCACGCUAAUGACAACACCCAUCGCAUGUUUGUGGCUGAGCAGGUGGGCAUUAUUUGGGUCUAUCUUCCAGAUGGAAGUCGACUGGAAGAGCCUUUUCUAGAUAUUAAGAACUUGGUGCUGACUACCCCCUGGUUAGGAGAUGAGAGAGGUUUCCUCGGGAUGGCCUUCCACCCCAAAUACAAAGACAAUGGGAAAUUCUACAUUUAUUACUCCUACCAGGAUAAGAAAAAGGUGGAGAAAAUAAGGAUCAGUGAGCUAAGGGUCUCCAUAUCAGAUCUCAACAAGGCUGAUGCAAGCACAGAAAGGAGCCUCUUAGAAAUUGAAGAACCAGCUGCAAACCAUAAUGGAGGGCAGAUCCUCUUUGGCCUGGAUGGCUACAUGUACCUGUUUACAGGGGAUGGUGGGAAAGCUGGGGACCCUUUUGGUAAAUUUGGGAAUGCUCAGAACAAGAGUAGUUUAUUAGGAAAGGUUUUGCGGAUCAAUGUGGAUGGAAGAAGUUCUGUUGGGAAACCUUACCGCAUCCCCCUGGACAAUCCUUUUGCCUCGGACCCUAAAGCUCUCCCGGAGGUCUAUGCCUAUGGGGUGAGGAACAUGUGGCGUUGUUCUGUGGACAGAGGUGACCCACUCACUCACAAAGGAAGGGGAAGAAUAUUCUGUGGUGAUGUUGGCCAGAACAAGUUUGAAGAAGUGGAUAUAAUUGUUAAAGGCGGGAACUAUGGCUGGAGAGCUAAGGAAGGCUUUGAGUGCUAUGACAUCAAGCUUUGUCAAAAUUCCUCCUUAGAUGAUAUACCUCCAAUAUUUGCCUACAGCCAUUCUGUGGGAAAAUCAGUCACUGGAGGGUAUGUGUAUAGAGGGUGUCAGUCUCCAAACCUGAAUGGUCUCUACAUUUUUGGUGAUUUUAUGAACGGUCGACUUAUGGCUUUGCAGGAAGAUGAGAGAACAAAUAAAUGGAAGAAGCAAGACAUUUGUAUUGGUAGCACUAAAGCCUGUGCUUUUCCAGGACUGAUCAGCUCUUAUAGCAAAUACAUCAUCUCAUUUGCUGAGGAUGAAGCAGGUGAGCUCUAUUUUAUGGCUACAUCCUACCCCAGUGCCUUUGCACCACAUGGAUCUAUCUACAAAUUUGUGGAUCCUGCAAGGAGAGCUCCGCCAGGGAAAUGUAAACAAAAGCCUGUUCCUGUGAAAACAAAGAGUAAAAGAAUCCCAUUCACUCCACGUACAAAGACUGUCCCUGAACUGCUCAAAGAGCGUCUAACAACCCAGCCUCCCAAAACAGCCUUCAAUGCUACUGAACUACCCCCAACUUCUUCCACUCCAAAAUCUAAGAAGCCUGUGUCCCACAAAGACCCUACUCAACAUAAGCCAGCAAAGCCUCCCAGGUCUGGUAAGAAGCAGCAAAUGGCACAACUCCCAAAAGCCAGAGGAUCCACGACGAAGGCACAAAAAGUUCCACAUGUCUCUAAAGCAGUGACGAUCUCCCCACCAAAGAAAAAAGGCUCACAGUUAACCAGAGCCAAAAGUAAACUUCCACAGGUUCCAAAGCUGAGGUCAGCGACUAAGGAGACAGCGCAAAAAAAGAAGAGAAAGCAAGCCAGCUUAAGAAGCACCAUUUGAAUUUCCAGUAUAUACAUCAGAGGAUCAAGUGAUGUGAAUGUAGACGAGGUUGCUGGGCGACUCAUUUGGCUUCCAAUUUGCUCUUAAUAAUAAUAAUAAUAAUAAUUUAAUUUUUAGGCCGCCUAUCUGGCCGAAGCCACUCUAGGCGGCGUACAAAUUAAAUUCAAUAAAAUACAAUAAUACAGUAAAUACAGUAAAUACAACAAAUAUAAAUAAUCAACAGUGACAAAAUAGCAGCAAAUGUAGUACAUAGCAAUGGGCAUUAAGGAGCGAGACCGGUCUGUAAUUUUAAUGCAAAAAAAAAAUACAGGAAAUACUCGUCUGUUAGGUAAGCAGCUGUUAGGCCAUUGACUCUGUGACAGAUGUAACACAUAUGUUUAAUUAGGAGUUUAACUGCCUCAGACAGAUUCCAGGUUGUUGCUUUGCAGAAAUCUUACUCCGACGACCAUUUAAUCGGGUUACGGAGGCGAUUUGGUGGCCAUUUACAGCAGUGCAGUGCUAUAGUAACUCCAGUGGGAUUACUACAGCUGUGUAAAGUAGCCAUUGAUUUGCACGCUCUCUAAGAAACCGCUUCCCUCAUUGCCUUCUAUGGCAAAAAGCAACAUGGAAAAUACGGUGAGGUCUAGUAUAAUACCUCUGUGGAACAAAACAUUCGAGUGUAUUUGUGGAAGGGGGGGGUGAGUAAAGGCUGUACCUCAAAAGCUGAGAAAGGAACACUGGCUGUAUCUGAGGGGCUGAAUAGUCUAAUAAUCCCUUAGGAGGUUUGCAUUUUGAUUACAGGGAACACAAUUAACCAAAUUGCCAGUCUUUUAUAUUUUGGUGAUACUAGGCAGUUGAUUUUCUUUCAUCAGCUAUAACGUACAUUCUAAAGGAGUCAUCUUCUCUCUCUCUUCCUUCAGUUAAAUACUGGAUCAGAACAAAU